AUGAUGUUUGUUCUGGUGUCCAGUGAAAUUCUACCUUUAGAUUGCAAGGAUCUUCGUGAUAAUGGUUACACUAAUACAGGUGUGUACAAAAUUUAUCCUUUUGAGAACAGCUCCCGUCCUGUCAGAGUGUACUGUGAUAUGAUAACAAUGGACGGAGGAUGGACGGUAAUUCAAAAACGAAUAGAUGGAUCCCUGAGCUUUGACAGGAAUUGGACAGAUUAUAAGAAUGGUUUUGGUGACCCGGCACAGAACGUCUGGAUCGGUGACAGGAUGUUAAAAACAAGAAAUGCUAAAACAGUACUGUCUGGGAUGUACUUUAGUACCCCGGACAGAGACAAUGACGGAUGGAGUGACCGGAGCUGUGCUGCUUAUUCUAACAAAAGAGGAGGAUGGUGGUUUAACGCCUGUCACCACGCCUAUCUCAAUGGUCUAUGGUCCUCGAGGUACUGGCUCAACCCAUGGUCUCCUACAGUAACAUCCGCAACAUUUGUGACGGAGACGAUGAUGUUGAUCAAACGUCACUAG